AUGGGGAGACCCACCCCCUCACCAGGGAAAAACCCUCGAGGUGCCAGAGGGUCUCCUGGUGGUCCCAGAGGUUCAGGGGGGGGUCCCGGGGUGGGUCCUGGAGGGGCUCCUGGGAAUGCUGGUGGUCCCGGAGUGGCUCCCGGUUGUCCCAGAGGUCCCGGGGGGCAUCCUGGUGGUCCCGAGGGCGCUCCCGGUGGUCCCAGGGUGGGUGCUGGCGAUGCCAGAGGGUGUCCUGGUGGUCCCAAGCGCGGCCCCAGGGGCAAUCCCGGCGCUCCCGGGGUGGAUCCUCGUUAUCCCGGAGGGGCCAAGGGGAAUCCCGGGGGGUCUCCCGGUGGCUCUGGCGGCGCCGGGACCGAACUGCUCCGCCUGCGGUUCCGCCAAUUCCGGUACCAGGAGGCGUCGGGGCCGCGGGACGUUUGGGAAAAGCUGCGGGAAUUGUCCCGGGGGUGGCUCCGGCCCGAGGUCCGCACCAAGGAGCAGAUCAUGGAGCUGCUGGUGCUCGAGCAGUUCCUGAGCAUCCUCCCCGAGCACAUCCAGAGCUGGGUGUGGGUCCGGCACCCCCAGAACUGCGCCCAGGCCGUGGCGCUGGCCGAGAGAUUCCAGCCGGGAACGGCGGAGAGCGCCGGGAUCUGGGAGGAGCAGGUGACCGUGCGGGUGAAGGUGGAGGAGGUGCCCCCCGAGGACCUGGAGGACCCCGAGGCUUUGGGGGUCCCCCCCAGCCCCCCUUUGGAGGAGGAGGAGGACUUUGGGGCCGAGGGGGAGGAGCCACAGGAAGGAGCUCCCCCCACGUCUCCUCCUCCACCCCAAGCCCCCCCUCCAGCCCCCCCCCAGGACCUCCCGGCGCCCCGGAGAGGCUCCGAGCGGCGCCGAGCCCGCCGGGACCCCCCCCCGGAGCGUCCCCACCCCUGCCCCGAGUGCGGGAAGACCUUCGGGCGCCUGACCCACCUGCGGACCCACCUGCGGACGCACACGGGGGCGAAGCCCUUCGGCUGCGGCGCCUGCGGGAAGCGCUUCGGCCACUUGUCCACGCUGACCACGCACCGGCGCCUGCACACCGGGGAGCGGCCCUACGGCUGCUCCGCCUGCGGCAAGAGCUUCACCAACCCCUCGGACCUGGGCAAGCACCGGCGCUCGCACACCGGGGAGCGGCCCUACCCCUGCCCGGCCUGCGGGAAGCGCUUCAGCCAGCAGUCCAACCUGGCCAUGCACCGGCGCAGCCACACGCAGGAGCGGCCCUACCCCUGCGCGCUCUGCGGGAAGAGCUUCAAGUACCUGGCGGACCUGACGGUGCACGGCAGGUCCCACACCGGGGAGCGGCCCUUCCCCUGCCCGGCCUGCGGGAAGAGCUUCAGCAACAAGUCGUCGCUGGCGCGGCACGGCCGGAUCCACGCCCGGGCGGCCGCCAGGGACAAGUGAGGGGGGCGGGAGG